GUAACUGCUGUGUUUGAAAGUUUCAUGCAAGUUUCUUGCUCUUCUUCGUUCGCUCGACUUUGUAAGUGUCUGCAAGACACUUCUUUUAGGCUUCUGUGCAUCUCAAUCUUGAACCCUGCUUAUAGUCUGCCGGGGUGUGGGGCGUGUGGGGGUGACCAGAUGGCCCUCAGUGUGUAGUUUUCGAGGAGAAGCCAUUGGAGACACGUUUGUGGAAAGGAGAGGUAAGGUGUAACCAAGCUAUGGGAUGCUGCAGUGUGACCCAGAGACAUACAGGGACUGAUGAAGUGGGCCCAGAUGAGAUCGAACUCCUGGAAAUCAACAAUGCAGGGCUCUGGAGUCUUUCUGAAACCAGGCUCCAAAUUUCCACAAGGAACGGCACAGAUGAAGGCCCUCAUCACUGUCCCUCGGUGAGGCACCUGAAGCAGGAGGACCCAGAUCCUGUCCCUGUAACUGUGAAGGACACAACAAAACACAAUAAUUCAAAACUGGUGCUUUGGGGCUGGACAAAAAAAGGGCUCCAUCAUAGGAUAUACACUCAGCCUAUCAGAGAAUGGGAAGGACAGGAAGCACACACCUAUGGCGACAUUAUCCACUCAUCUUCAGUGUAUUUACACAGUGGAUACACAAAGGCCAUGAGUGAAAGAUAUCUGGUUUUAUUUUCCUUCCAUUUGUUAAUCCUCGCUUUGGACAACCUUAAUAAAGAUUUUAUUUAUGAGGGCAUUCUUCCUCUCUCAGCCAUCGAGGUGCAUCUGAUCUCACAGCAGGACCCCAGUUCUCCACAUAUGUUUGAGAUCAGUGGGCCUAUGGUGGACUCAAAGAUCUUCGUUUGUGCUACUGCUGCUGAAACAAAAACAUGGAUGGAGAACAUCGAGGACAGGAGAUACAAAUCCCUAAGGCAACAGCUGAGCCCGUCCCAUAGCGCUCUCUCAUACCUGGUGCCAUGUGAUGAAAACUGGAAGAGGGAGGAGCUUAAAAGGUACUUACUGCGGUCUCCCAUCUUGCAAUGGGAGGGGAUGCCUAUUCAGCACAUGGGCUAUCCGAGAUACCUUUCACUGGUGCACAUCAGCAACGUAUGCAUACAGGACCGGCUUUUGCAGGGAGCUCAGGAGCGUUUGCUUGUGCUCUUCCCAAGUGACCUCCUCAUUCUGUCUCUCGACUGUCAUCGUGUACGCGUGAAAUAUGAGGGUCGUCUGCCAUUAAAGAGCAUUAAAGCCAUGGAAAGAUCUGCAUUACCUGGCAGACUGGAGUUUGAGGUUACAGGUGAACUGAUGGAGCCUCUGCUUGUCUCCUGCACUUAUCCUGAGGACUAUCAAAGCUGGAUUUUCCAGUUACAACAGCCUGAUAAGUUGGCAGAUUCAUUGCCACAUCACACCCCUCCACCUCUGAUACCGAAGAAGCGCAGAAGCUGAGAAUGAUGUGACGGAUGGGAAUUAAAAUGUCUGUGAACACAACUACUCUCAUCAUUCAUUGUGCCCAAUGAAAGCUGCUGAUGACAAAUGAACGUUUUACUGUUGGAUUUUACUCCUAAGUAACAGACCUCUUCACGGCUUGUGAGCUUUUCAAUAGCUAGGAAACUUGCAGGUUUAGCUAAUUAUUACAGUAUGCUCCAUAAAUAUCUGUUUUGAGUUAGAGAGUAGAAACAGUUCUCACACAUGCACAUAUACAGUACAAUGUAUAAAAUAAAUACAAAUAUUUAAAUUGUUUUAAUUAGUGAUUAAUUUCAGGGUCUCAUAUCUCUGAGCUAAGGAAUGUUUGAGUAAUGCAUGACUAAUUUGUAAUAACUUUAGACAAUGGGACAAAACAGACAGACCCAGAGGGUAACUAAUAUUUUCCCUCACUAGUUUCCCAUGCUCUCUGUCACCCCUUUUCUUUAUUUAUGGACAACUGAAGGCAGUCAUUACACAUAAAAGUUCACAUUCAGAGUGGUACUUUUAAACAUUGACCCAGAUAUAGGCGUAUGUGUAUGAAAUCACCCCAUACACUUAGGGGAGAUCGUGAAAGUUACUUUUUGGAUGUACAGUAUUUUCUUCUGCUGUCUAAAGUUUAGAUGACUGUGAAUUUAAACUUACAUUUUAUCUCUAGGUUACUGCUAAAAAAUAAACAUGAACAACCUGUGCUAAUACAGAUGUGGCUAGCUAGCAAUACGAGAUUUUAUGACGGCUGCAACAUUAGGGGCAAUCCUGUUAAAAUUGCCCCCCACCCAGCCACAUGGCCCAGUAAGCACCUUGUUUGUCUGUGUUGACAUACUUUUCUGUUAGAAAAUGAACAUAUUAAAUGUAAAACUACAUUUUAGUGUUUACACAUUAAACAAUGUGUUGCUUUUAAAACCUUGAUGUCCACAUGAUCUCAUUGAGUUAUUCUGUUAAUGUCUAUCUUGUACCAUUUCAUUAAAGUUUGGUUAAAGACUGUU